AAGGAAACAACCCCCGGCGACAGAGCCCCGCUCUCAGGCGCUGCUGGAGAACCGGGCCGACUUCUUUCUCUUUCCCCUUAUUGGCGCUUCUCUCCCGCCGUCCGCCUCUGGGCCCCGCUGCAUUUUUUGAUACUUAAAGUGGCAUUCUAGACAAUUUUUCAAUCAUGUCAAGCUCAGUUGAACAGAAAAAGGGGCCUACCAGACAGCGCAAAUGUGGCUUUUGUAAGUCCAAUCGAGACAAGGAAUGUGGACAGUUGCUAAUAUCUGAAAACCAGAAGGUGGCAGCACACCAUAAAUGUAUGAUGUGUUCAUUGUGCCAUUGUCCUGGAGCAACAAUUGGUUGUGAUGUGAAAACAUGUCACAGGACAUACCACUACCACUGUGCAUUGCAUGACAAAGCUCAAAUACGAGAGAAACCUUCACAAGGAAUUUACAUGGUUUAUUGCCGAAAACACAAGAAAACUGCGUAUAACUCUGAAGCUGAUUUAGAAGAAAGUUUUAAUGAACAUGAACUGGAGCCCUCAUCACCUAAAAAUAAAAAGAAAAGUCGCAAAGGAAGGCCAAGGAAAACUAAUUUUAAAGGGCUGUCGGAAGAUACCAGAUCCACUUCCUCCCAUGGAACAGAUGAAAUGGAAAGUAGUUCCUAUAGAGACCGAUCUCCACACAGAAGCAGCCCUAGUGACACCAGGCCUAAAUGUGGAUUUUGUCAUGUAGGUGAGGAAGAAAAUGAAGCGAGGGGGAAACUACACAUAUUUAAUGCCAAAAAGGCAGCUGCACAUUAUAAGUGCAUGUUGUUUUCUUCUGGCACAGUCCAGCUCACAACAACAUCAAGAGCAGAAUUCGGAGAUUUUGAUAUUAAAACUGUUCUUCAGGAGAUUAAGCGGGGGAAAAGAAUGAAAUGUACACUGUGCAGCCAGCCCGGUGCUACUAUUGGAUGUGAAAUAAAAGCCUGUGUUAAGACCUACCAUUACCACUGUGGAGUACAAGACAAAGCUAAAUACAUUGAAAAUAUGUCACGAGGCAUUUACAAACUAUAUUGUAAAAAUCAUAGUGGAAAUGACGAAAGAGAUGAGGAAGACGAGGAACGAGAAAGUAAAAGUCGUGGAAAAGUAGAAAUUGAUCAGCAACUAACUCAGCAGCAGCUUAAUGGAAACUAGGUUCAUGGGACAGAGUUAGAAAACUGGGAAUGAAUAAGACAUCCAUAACUACUAUUCUUUUUUCACUGUUUUCUAAAAUUCAAAAGGGUUUGUAACUUUUUACUGCCCAACUCUUAAAUCCUUUACUGAACUGCCUAAAAAAAUGUCUUGUUUGUGCUAUGAGCCUUCACUAGAUGGCAGUGUGACUUGGAUCUUGCGUAGCUGUAGUUUUGCCGUUUCUGGGAAGCAAUUGAACACUAUUACCCUUAUGUACAGUGUCAACAGUUGAAGCAGACCUUGAAAUGAAGUAAGCUGUACAUCUGAAUUGAACAAUGCUCUACUGUUUCAAAGGUUUCAGUUUUUGUAACAGCACGUAUGCAAAAGAAGGCCCAAGCAGAUUUUACUUUCACAGUACAAAUUUGCCUCUGGUGGCAACGUGGUCAUUUGUGAAUUGCUUGUUUUCACUUUCAAGUAAUGACAGCUAG